AUGCCUGUCGAGUGCUCCAUGGCCGAUCCCUUGACCAUUUUCCCUCCAGAGAUUAUCCUUCGCAUCCUGGACUUCUCCUCCGUGUCCACCCUCGCCUCCCUCCUCGCCGUCUCCAAGGCUUGGCACCACUUUAUCGACGUCACCCAUCAACAAGCAAUCUACGGCGCCGAAUCCAAGACCACACAACCACCCGGCGGCACUCGGGAUUUGGCAUUCCUCUCGGACACCUCCAGUAUCUCGAAGUUCUACGAUGGCACGUCGACAUGGAAGGAUCUUUGCAAACGCCAGACCUUGCUUGCUCGCAACUGGGCUGCGCGGCACCCUGUCAGUCAAGAAUCGGUGUUGCAAAUUGGCAAUGACCCGGUUUGGCGCUUCCGGGCCGACUUUAAGAGGCGCUUCUUCAUCUCUACCUCCCAUGCCGGGGGGUUGAAUGUCACCGAUAUGGAUUCAGGGCGUAUUCUUUGGCGCCUUCCCUCAACCCACGAUCGUGACGAGGACGCCGUGCGCCCACACGCCCAUUUAGAAUAUCAGGAUGGCAUGGCGAUCUUUGAUCGCGAGGGAGAUGCCGUGGAGGUCUGGCAGGCUGAAUUGGACGGUGCCGCUCGAGGGGAGUUUCGACGUAUCGCCAUUCUGAACCACAAUUGCCAGACAAGGGGCUUUCAACUGUCCUACGGAACGCUUUGUGUGGUGUCGAGUGAAGGGCAAGGGUUUGUGUAUGACGUGACCAAGCGGCCGCCGGUACUAACCACCCACCUCGAUAUUGAGCCAGGCGCCGUGGGACAUUUGGACCAGUGCGAGGAUGCCGUCAUCUAUUCAAUCGGAGCGAAAGGCUACUAUGCUUACGAUAAGAAGUCUGGUGGCCUUUUGGGUAUUUUGCAACCCUCGAGCUGCACGGAGAAAUAUCACAUCCGCUCCCUCCCCCUGGGCCCGCUCCCAUCGCCGAACGACCCCGAGCACGUCCGGCAUGGCGAGGACGAAUGGGGAGCAGGCAUGUUGGACGGCGCCCUCUUCGUCGGAUUCUCCCGAGCUGGUCGGGUUUUCGUAAGCCCAGACUGGCGCAAAGCACUGUGCGAUCCCUCUAGCCUUGCGACAAGCAGCUUUCUUCUCGAGUGUGAGUCGGAUGGCUCUAGUUUCGACCUGGGCGGUUGGUUGUCCGUUCGCGAUCACCGCCUGCUGUUUGAGAUUGAAGAUCGUAUUUAUGUCGUUGCGUUGGACAGCGACAACGGUAUCCAAGACCUGGACCAUCCCGAGCACGGUUCGUUCUCGAUACUGACCGGCGCCGCCCCACAGCUGGCGGUUCCUGUCAGCUAUAUGACUCUAUGCGAUGAUGCGAUCAUGACAACCUAUACGACUCUUGGUUGGCGCCAAUCGAUCUCCAAUGCCCCGGGCAGCAAUCCAACGCCGCGUCACGAAACCCCCGCUCGGAUUUUUCCUACGAAGGCCAUCCGUGUUGUGAGCCUGGCCCCUGAGAUCUCCUCUUCCACGCCAACUGCGGUAUGUCAAUCCGGGUCUCCGAUCACGAAAGCCAGAUCUGGCCCUGGCCAACCCACGGAUCAGAUGUGGCAAUCACAAGCCGCUCUAUUACAGUUGGUCAGCCUAUUGGGGGAUGAACCUGAGGAGUGGGAAGACCAGGACGCUGUGGAAGAUGACGACGAGCAUCACGCCUGA